UCAGACCCACACCACUUGUUUUUUGGCCACAUAUUGGUCACAUUUUACUCAAAAACUCCCAGGGCCCCUCUGGAUAUCAGCUAAAUUGUUGCUCUCCAUGGCAAUAAUGCUGUUGAGUUUUCUACUGCUGCUUAUCAACAGCUUUAUGGGAUUAUCUGGAGCUGAACAUGAAACGCUGUGCACUUCAAAGGCCUGCUUCACUCUACAUAUGGACAAGGUGAACUUUGAGAAGGCCCAUCAAAACUGUGUCGACAAUGGAGGUAAUCUGAUGACUGUCAGAGGCAGGGAAGAAGAGGAUGUACUGCGGUCGCUUCUUUCACAGAUCCAAAGACGUCAGGGCUUCAAAUUUUGGAUUGGAUUAAAACUGCAGAGUGGAGACUGUGUGUUAGCUCAUGAGACCCUCAGGGGUUUUAAGUGGGUAUCAGGGGAAAAAGAUUCUCACUACUCCAACUGGGAAAGGGAGCCAGUGGACACAUGCAUUGAGAAAUGUGUAAAGAUUACUUACACUUCAGGUCAGAACCAACUAAAAUGGACUGAUGGAAAUUGCAGAGGCCCUGUUUCUUAUGCAUGUAAGUUUUAUUUCCAAGGAAUGUGCAAACCAUUGGCUUUGCUGGGGCCUGGAAAAAUAACCUACAUAGCGCCUUUCUCACAAGAGCCACAAAGAAGUGAAAUGACAUUGUUUCCUCUUGGAACAUAUGCUGAUAUUUCGUGUAAUGGCAAGCAGCUGACUCCUUACUCUGUGUGCACAGGUGUUGAUCAUUGGACUACCCCUGGUCCGUUUUGCAAAACAGGAAAGCAAAAUUGUGUGAUCAACAAUGGUGGAUGUGAACAUUUGUGCCACAUGGACGCAGACAGGGUUCGAUGCUCCUGCAAAAAUGGUUACGACCUGGACAAUGAUGGAGUUUCUUGCAGGAUAAGAAACUUGUGUGGCAUUAACACCUGUGAGCAUCAGUGUGUAAUGGGAGAGUCAGGCUAUUCCUGCAAGUGCCCAGAUGGGUUCAAACUGAAUGCAAACCAGCGUAACUGCUCUGACAUUGAUGAAUGCCAAUCGCAGAUUUGUCUGGAUAAUUUUUGCGUGAAUACACACGGCAGUUACAAGUGUGAGUGUAGUGACGGCUAUAAAAUGAUCGACGGUAAGUGCAUUGAUGUGGAUGAGUGCAUGCAUUCAAGAUGCCAGCACAGCUGCUUAAACAGUGUUGGCUCUUUCUCCUGUUAUUGCAAAGAGGGCUUUACUUUAUCUCAGGAUGGCCACUCAUGUGUAGACACAAAUGAAUGCAUCAAUAGUGACUGUCACUUCAAAUGCAUCAAUACCGUUGGCAGCUUUUUGUGCACCUGCCCACUUGGCUUUCACCUGGAUACCAAUGGAAAGAAUUGCAAUCCAGAUGUGAUAGUGUCUUCAUCAAAUGCUGAUGAGGAAACACAAGAAAACUUCACAGAGUCUUUAAUCAGAACAACAAUAGAGCUCCAGCACCAGUCCCCUCAUACUGACACACCACUUCCAGAGUUGGUGAACGUUACGCAUGGUGAUCAUCAGAGCAACGCAUCCUUAACUACUAGUCCUGCCAAGACAGUCAAUACAAGGGUGAUAAUCUGCGUCCUCGGUUCGGUCAUUCCGUUGCUGUUUCUGCUCGCAGUGACUGUGGCAAUUGCAAUUUGUCGAUGUAGUCGCUCCAAAAAAGAAGCCAAGAAAAAUACCACUACAGAUGGCUACUGUUGGGUGUCCUCUGGAUUGGAUCCACGUUUAGAGAAACUGUAUGAGUCUAUCUUGACUGACGACCUAUGACCUGAUAGUGAUGGAGAAGACUGUGAACUCGGAUUAUAUGUUGAUUAAUAUGUAUUUAUGUAAUUUAUGUUUCUCUCUCUCUCUCUCUCUCUCUCUC